CCACAAACAGAGAGCGCUAGAUCUGUCCAGACCUCGAGGAAGGUUCGUCUGUCCUCUCGCUGAGUUCUGCUUUCGAAGAUCAUCUUCAUCUGGAUCGGGCUCAUCCCAGCAUGCAUUACAGAACGGUCAUUAUGUACACUGAAAUGGGGUGCUUUGUAGCGUGCGUUUGUGGGUGGAUCCUGGUUUGUUCCACGAUGCCAAUAGAAUAUUGGACUUAUUCUGAAGUGGAGAGUAUAGUUCUGACAUCUGGUCACUAUUUCUCCAACCUCUGGAAAGACUGUCUGUCCGACUCCACUGGCAUUUCUGACUGCAAAGAUUUCCCGACCCUGCUGGCCUUGCAGACAUACAUUCAUCUGUGCCGAUCUCUUGUCAUCAUCUCUAUCAUUCUGGGGUUAUUCGGGUCUAUUCUGGCUUUGGUGGGGAUGAAGUGCACAAAACUCGGAGGGUCUGAAUAUGUGAAUGCGAGAGUUACCUUUGCCGCAGGGAUGAAUUACCUUGUAUCAGGUAAACACUUGCACUUGUCCAGCAUGUUCCAGGACGCAAGCUUGACCCGUGUCUCUGUUUUAGGUCUCUGCGGUAUGGUUGCUUACAGCUGGUAUGCCCACAAGGUUAUUUCUGAGUUCAUGGAUCCAAAUUACAAAGCAAAAAAGUUUGAGCUGGGAUCGGCUCUGUUCGUGGGCUGGGGCGGCUCGGCUCUCCUCGUGGUCGGAGGCUUUGUGUACAGCAUCACUGCAGGGAAGGAGGGCUUCCAAUCCAGCUCCAAGACCCAAGAGAUGUCCUAUCACACUCCUUCCUCCAAUCACUCCGAAGCAAACCAGAAGACAUACAGUCCUCCGCUGUCUCCCAUCCCUGACAGAGCAAACCAGACGUACAGCAAAGCCCACAAAGGAUCUCACGCCGUGGACGCUUACGUCUGAUCGGUUCCCUUCACAUCGUCCGAGUGUUUCACAACUUUCAGAGUUAGUGCUAAUUUGAGGCAAGUCUUUGUAAUGCCAUGAGCAAAGUGAUCGAGACACUGGUGUUUCAAUCAAAAACAAAAAGAAUGGAUUGAUGGGAGUGAACUGGAUCUGCUACUCUAUGCUGAUAAAGACCGAUGAUCAGGACUUCUACACGUCCAAUUCAAAACUUCUCUCUGAAAAAAACAAUGAAGGAUUUAAUGUGUAUCUAGUCUAAUGAUUAUUUGUUCAGAUUUACUUUAGUAUUGUAUCACAGUACGAAUUCAAUAGUGUUGUCUACCAAUACCAGUAAAAUUUCCUGGUUCUCUGUACUAUAGUAAAACUAUUUCAACUAUUUAACAGUUAAAAUGUUAAUAAAAUACCUUAAAAUGUA